AUGGGUGAAUUUAAAUUUGAAAAAUGGGCGUUUACUGAUGAAAAAUUAAAAAUUGAAGCAAUCACUCAUAAAUCCUAUGCCACCGAAAAUCCAGGAAAUGGUCCACAUAAUGAACGAUUAGAAUGGAUAGGAGAUUCAAUAAUUGGCACUGUUGCCUCCGACUAUCUCUUUCUUAAUUUUCAAGAUAGUAAUGAAGGUGCGCUUACUAAUUUGAGAAAACAAGUUGUUUGUAAGGAAACAUUAGCAAAAUUUGCACGUAAAUUGGAUUUAGAUAAUGUGCUAAGGUUGGGAAAAGGUACUAUGGGAGAUAGAUAUAAUGAUAGACUUUUGGGAAGUACUUUUGAAGCAUAUAUUGGCGCUAUUUAUUUGGAUUCCGGAAGAAAUCUAAAUGAAGUUAUUAAAUUUAUGGAACCAAUUAUUAAACCAUUUGUGGAAGAAUUGGCUACAAACGAUCUUAAUGUAUCUUCUGAACCUGUAUAUGGUCCUAUGAAUAAGCAAAUAGAAUCAGGGGAUCCUAUAGGAAUGUUACAAAGUUGGGCUCAAUCUAGAGGAUUUCAAAUACCUGAAUAUAAGUUCACGGAUCCACAACCUGAAAAUAAAUCUGAUUUUGAGUGUGAAGUCAUUAUUGAGGGGAAAAGUUAUGGUUUUGCCUCGAGUGGUAAGAAGAAAGAUGCAAGGAAAAAAUCGGCGAUUAUUGCACUAGAAAGUUUGGGCAUAACUAAUUAUACCACUUAA